CAGCCCAGAUCACAUGGGUGGUUGUGCAUUGAAUGAAACUUUGACAGUCGCCGGUGAACGGCGAAAUUGCAAAGUUGGAAGACAAUACUUUAUACAUAAACCUACUAGUUUGGCAUUGUGUCGGAAGUCAAAUUACAUAGACCAAUAGGUUAUUGAUUCAACGAGCGCAAUCAGUUGGUCUGUAUUUAAUAACACGAUAGUAUGGCUGUGAAUGUGUACUCCACAUCUGUGACGAGCGAUAACCUUAGUCGUCAUGAUAUGCUUGCAUGGAUCAACGAGUCCCUACAAAUUAACCACGCAAAAAUUGAGCAGUUGUGUUCAGGUGCAUCUUAUUGCCAGUUCAUGGAUAUGCUGUUUCCUGGAUGCCUGCCUUUGAAGAAAGUAAAAUUCCAGGCCAAACUUGAACAUGAAUACAUCCAGAACUUCAAAAUCCUACAGACAAGUUUCAAGAAGAUUGGGGUUGACAAAAUCAUCGCUGUGGACAAGUUGAUUAAAGGGAAAUUCCAGGACAACUUUGAGUUUGUGCAGUGGUUCAAGAAGUUCUUUGAUGCUAACUAUGAUGGGAAGGAGUAUGACCCUUUAGCAGCUCGCCAAGGCCAGGAAACUACCCCUACGCCCAACCCUGGAGCAGUCGCAGCAAGUAAACCCAGGAAGGUCAGCUCUGCUCCCCUUAAGUCUUCUCAGACAGCAGCAGCAGCCAAGGCCCCACGGAGGCCCGGGACGGUGGCGGGAGACGAGGAGAAGGUGGAGCUAGCCCAGGAGGUCAACAGUUUAAAGAGCACCAUUCAGGACAUGGAGAAGGAGAGAGACUUCUAUUUUGGAAAGUUGAGGAACAUCGAGCUCAUCUGCCAAGAGAAGGAGGGAGAAGGAGACCCAACGCUGCAAAGGAUCAUGGAUAUUCUUUAUGCCACUGAUGAGGGGUUUGUUAUUCCAGAUGAAGGACAAGAAGCAGAAGAGUUCUAGUGAUUGUACAACUGGACCUGACUCGAAUCUGUCACCUCUACUAUGCACACUCAUUUUUUUUACAGUCACACACAGGUUAGUUAAACACACUUCGUGUGUAAUGUGACACCUGCGCACACACACACGUCCACUUUUUCAAGUUCCCUCAAGAUUACAUACUGUCUGCCUCCUUGGUCCUGAUUGAUUCUUUUGUUAUGAGAUUGAAAAUGUUUUAUUAAAAAUCAUUUAUAUUUACACUGCCUUAAAGUUUUUUAACUCUGAUUGUUUUUCUUCGUUAUACUGUAUCUACUAUGUUCAACAUGUUCUCAUGUCUUAAAAUAAUUACACAAUU